AUGUCAGUUAUAUUCAGGAUAACCACUCCAGACGGUCAAACCCGCAAACUCUCCUUCCACGAGUUCCCCGACUUUGUGGCGCUUCAUGCACGCCUUGUGGAGGCGCUAGGACCCCGGAUUGGCGGAUACAAAGUCGUCAAUGUUACCUCUCAGCAAGGCGUCCCUAUCUGCGACGUUGCCUCUCACGACGGACACUGGGCGUCUGUGCAGGCCAACUACCAGCUCAUGCCAUACGGCGGGACAACAGUCGUCAAUAUGCAAGCAGUACCCGUCCUUUCUGAGAUUCCUCAUGUGCCUGGCGCAUUCCCGCCAUAUGCGCUUGAUCCCGAGCCUGCUUCAUCCACCAGCUCCAGGUCAAUUGCGGAGGAUACGGCAUGCUGCUCUGUCGAAGAAGGAAAACGUGAAAUGAAAUCCCUUCUCAACAGCUUCCUCGGGGAUUUCAAGCGCGUCUACGGGGACACCUUUACCGAGGAGCUUACGCUGGGUGAUACCCCCCUCAUCGACAAUGCGAGGUCAGCUCCCUCCCCUGCGUCUCCUCCCGCUUCUUCCACAAGCAACAACGAGGACGGGCUUCACCCUAAUAUAUGGUGCGACCGCUGUGGUGAGCACGUCCGAGGUAUGCGCUACAAGUGCAAGCAAUGCCCGGACUAUGACCUCUGCCAUCGUUGCACGACCAAGCACGACGCAGCUGCCAUUCAUUCAGCCGCUUUCGAUCACCACUUUUCUACAAUCCCGCCUCCGCCAGUCAGCGCUUCCACGAGACGCGGAUGUGGACGUAGAUUCGCUCAUCGCGCCAACACGACCCCGGUUCCAAGCCGAUGCACUCGCGAGCCAUCCCCCGUUAAGCACACGUCAGUCACGUGUGAUGGUUGUUCCAUGAACCCUAUCAUUGGAGUUCGCCACAAGUGUCUCGACUGUCCCGACUUCGACUUUUGCGAUACCUGCAUGGUUGACAAGGUCAAUGAGCAUAACGCCUCAGUUGGCAAUCCAGAGGGAGGUCAUGAGUUUAUCGCGCUCCAUACUCCAGGUCGAGUGCUUGUGCACGUCAGGCCUAUGCGCGCUCCAGAGCCCGCGACUCCGACGCCUGCGGCCGCAAGCACGCCAGUCCCAGAGGUUCACCCAGAGACCCCGACGCAUGUCUUGCACACCGCCAUCUGUGACUUUUGCUCCAAUCGCAUCGCUGGGAACCGCUUCAAGUGCUUGAAGUGCCCCGACUUCGAUGCGUGCCAGUCCUGCUUCGAUAACGUCGCCAAGGAACAGCAUCCAUUCCACGCCUUCGUCAAAGUAGCAAACCUGGGCGACGUCAUCUAUCGUCGCGGCCUGCGCGCUGAUACGAGUAUCGCCACUGCGUUUGCCAAUGGUCACCGCCCCGUUCAUCGCGCCAUUUGCGAUGCAAUUGGUUGCGGAAAGACCAUCGUUGGCGUUAGAUACAAGUGCAUGCACCCGAGCUGCCCAGAUUUCGACUUGUGUGAGAACUGCGAGGCGCUCCCGAUCCCUGUUCAUCCCGUGGACCAUCCCAUGCUCAAGAUUCGCAAUCGUAGCACCAAGAUCCCAACCGUUGUUCGCGACGCCAAUGCAUCGAGCCCAGCUGUUGUUACGAUCCCCAAGCCACGCGAGGAGGUCGUGAUGACGCCGAAGGCCAGCACGAUGUCUGUCCAGACAGAGAACAUUCCAAGCCAGUCUCGUGCAGCGCAAACCGAGGUCACGAACCUCAUGGAUGAACAGAUCCAAUGCGGAUUCAAGGUUGAAAGCCCUCACACACUCUCCCCAGAUUCUGGAAAUCCGUUUGAGAACCCCUUGUUCGUCGCCCCCGGACAACCGAGUGUCAUCACAGGCUUCGUUUCUCAACCUUCGUCCCUCGCUGCAUCAUCCGAAUCUCUUCUUCCAGUGAUUCCCUCUGUUGCUGCCAUCACGCCACUGCGCCCAAUCUCGCCGUUCUCUAUGCCCAUGCCCGGAGCUCUGCCAGUUCAGCCACCCCCAAUGCCUCCUUCGUUCCAGUUCUACGAUUUUGAACGAACGGCUCCGACACUCGACAUGUUCGCUGACACUGAAAAGUCUGUCAAGAUCCCGAGCCCGCCGACCACCGAGCCUAAAGUUGUCGGUUUCGAGCCUGUGAUCAUCAACUUGCCCAGCGUUCCUAGUGUUGAUCCUGAAUCUUCCAAAGUCUCUGUCGCAGUCCGCACCCCUCCUUCUCGUACUGCCCCAUUGGCGGAGGAGGUCAUGACAGAGGCCCAGCCAUCCUUCAUUUCGCGCUUCCCUAUCCGCCCAUCCCAAGUUCGUGCUGCAGCCGCCACUUUUACUCUCCCACCUGCGCUGGUCGCAUCGUUUGUAGAGGACAACAACAUUCCCGACGGCCAUGUCUUCCCCCCAGGUGCCGAGUUUAUCAAGUCUUGGAAGAUGAGGAAUGAAGGCACUCAAGACUGGCCGACGGAGACUGUGCUCGCGUUUGUUGGUGGCCAACGUCUUGGUGCAUUCGAGGGCGUGCCGAACACGUACGAAGUGGGCCAAGUCAAGGCUGGUGACACAGUUGAUGUGUGGGCUGGCGAUCUCAAGGCGCCCGAGGAACCUGGAACCUACAAUAGCUUCUGGCGUUUGAUGAACUCGAAGACUGGUGUCUUCUUUGGCCACAGGCUUUGGAUCACCAUCGAAGUCGCUGAGCCAGCAACGAGUUCUGAUGAUUCCGUUACAAAUCCAAGCCUUUCCUCUUCCUCGCUCACGAUGCCGGGUGCAUUCUUUGCACAAGCGUCCCCGGUCCAGCACUCUCCUGUAGCAGAGACUGUCGCCACGCAUCCUACGGGAACUGGAACCAUCUCCAACGUGUCUGAAGACUUGAGCUUGCUCAACGAUAGUAGCAGCGACGAUGGUUCCGUGGUCGACCUCCCAGGUACUUUACCCACUGCACUGCCUGCGGUCGUCGCUCCAUCCGUCACGAGCGCCACGUACGUGUCUGCGCCAAUGUCUCCAGCUCGCGCUCCGUCGCCCGUCGGCUCAGACUCGGACGACGAAUUUGUGGUGGUCUAUGAUAGCGCCUCUGAGACGCGCUCUGUUGCGUGA